AUAAAGCCUUUUUCAAACCAUUUUCGUUACAACAAAAAUUGAAACAGCUCAAACAAUCAGACGAUUCAUCAACAAUAAUCAGCACAGAAUAGAACCAUUUGCAGCAUCUCUGACCAUUAGAAGGUUUAGUUUCGAUCUACAGAAACCGUAGGAAGGAAGCAGAGAAGAACAUUACAAUGGAUAUCAGGCUCAUGGGUUUCGAUAAUCCUUUAAUCUCGACACUGCAGAACAUGCUGGACGGCUCCGACGAGUCAGAGAAGUCCUUCAGCGCUCCCACUAGGACUUAUGUCCAGGACGCCAAGGCAAUGGCUUCCACCCCUGCGGACGUCAAGGAGUACCCCAAGUCAUACGUCUUCAUCAUCGACAUGCCUGGGCUCAAAUCCGGCGACAUCAAGGUUCAGGUUGAGGACAAUGUGCUGCUAAUCAACGGAGAUCGUAAGAGAGAGGAGGAUAAAGAUGGGGCGAAGUACUUGAGGAUGGAGCGCAGGGUCGGCAAGUUCAUGAGGAAGUUCGUUCUCCCUGAGAAUGCCAACAUAGAAGCCAUCUCCGCCAGCUGCCAGGACGGUGUGCUCACUGUCACCGUCGAGAAGCUGCCUCCGCCGGAGCCCAAGAAGCCCAAGACUAUCGAGGUCAAGAUUGCCUGAAGAUUUCAUUUACUGGGCUUCUAUGUUAUCAUCCCUCAUCUUCUCGCCGUAACAGAGGAGAUGCAAUGAAUGUUUGCAGAGGAUUUUGGGUUUAGUGUAUCAGCAUAUGUUUGAGCUUUCUGUUUUUUUUGUUUCUGGGUUGUUUCUGAACUGGUUUGGGAGUCUGUGAUCGUCUUUUGAUUAAGAUGAUGACAGCUCUGUUAUUGUUGGUUUUGAAUGAGAAUGUAUUGAGUAUUUGCCUAAAAAUGAGCUCUUCCGGGGAA